GAUUUAUUAACACCCUCGACAUACCACCUCCCCGACUCUUACACCAUUACCAACAUAAUCAAAACUCUUGCACGCACUACACCAUCAUCAAAUGUCAAAAUGCCCUUCCCUUUCAGCUCGUUCUUCCCUCAAAAGAAGAGAUACUAUCACCCUGACUUCGGCUACAUCGAACCACGAGACUUUCAUAGAUACUCGUAUCGGGCAGACUUCCACCCCACUGGCUACUACGGCACGGUAGGCGCGCUUCAAGGUGAUGACUUCCAUGCACAGCAGCACCAAGCCCGUGAAAUGCAACGAGAGCAACAGCAAGAAUACCAGCGGCAACAGCAUGAGAUGGAACGGCAGCAAGAACGCGAACACCGCCGAGAUAUGGCACGCGAGCAACGUGAAAUGGACCAUGCGUAUCGCCGCGCAACACGUGAUAGAGGUCGUAGAAGCCAUCGGGUUCCGGAGCACGGCUAUGAGGGUCCAGAGUACAGCUACGUAAUGGGUGGAUGAGAACCCGGAAGUAGAUAGUGGAAAUGAAGCAAAUAGCUUGACAGAGAUAGUCUGACUAUCGCUAAUAGGCAAGCA